AACACUUGAGGUCCCUCUCGUGUUCUAUUGCUUAAUUCGAACACACCCUCUGUCUACUCCUUCAACCGGUGCACGUAAUUUGUGGACGGUCCCUUAUUUUAGCACGCGGCUCAUUGGUGGACGUUGCUGCACGAGUACAGUCCGUCUUUACCUACAGUGUAUCACAGUUAACCGACCUUUUACACGGUAAUGUUCUGAAGAACCGACAAUGGAACCUGUAGCAGAAACCGAGAGUAAACAAGUAGAUAUUUAUCGUGAUACAUGGGUUCGGUACCUCGGCUAUGCCAACGAAGUGGGCGAGGCUUUCCGUGCGCUGGUGCCUGUCAGCGUGGUGUGGGCUAGCUACGCAGUGGCUACAGCAUAUGUGUCAGCAGAUGCAGUGGACAAAGGAAAAAAGGCAGCUGUGGCCCAUGGUGAUGAACCAGGACGGACUACACGUGUAGCUGUGGCUGUUGUUGACACAUUUGUGUGGCAGGCGUUGGCAUCCGUGGCUAUUCCCGGCUUCACCAUCAACCGUGUUUGUGCAGCUUCGCUCUACCUGCUGGGCAAAACCACGCGGUGGCCUUUACCCGUGCGCAAGUGGACCACAACUGCUAUCGGCCUUUCUACUAUUCCAUUCAUUAUCAAACCCAUUGACAGGUCUGUAGACUUUCUUUUGGAUUCCAGUCUGCGGAAAGUGUACGGCGGCGGCGAAAAGCACGAAUGAUGCCCGAGGAGCCAACAUGAUACCAGCCUGAACUCCUUCAGACAAACCUUAUCAGAGUGCAGCAACACUGGAGUUUAUUUUAUGUCAUAUUAUUAUUUUAAUAAUGGAAUAACAUUGUUUAGAAUAAUGAUGAAUCUGGUGCCGGACAAAAUGCCAGCCCGUGAGAUUUCACAUCACUGAGCUGUUAAACAGUUCGUUCUCAGGUUUUAUGCACAAUAGAACAAACAAUAUAAGCUUAUGAAAAACAUAAAGGGUUUUAUUUUCUAGUUUUACAUUACUAGUCGACAUAACAUAUGAAA